UCUAAAGUAAAAAUGUUUUUAUAAGUACAUAAUAUUUUGAUCUUUUGUGUUUUGGUAACAAAAACGCAAAAUUAUUAGUAAAGACACUUACCAUAUUGAAUAUCAAAGCAUGCCUGGCUAAGAUAAAGAUAGGAUAGAGUAAAUAAUAUUUGGAACUCUUGUGUAUUUCCAGCUGUGAAUAUUAUUGAUGGAAUAAAAGCUAUAAAAUUGCACAAAAAUGUCUGAUAAACAGGCCCAUAGCCAUGGAAAAUACAUGGACACUGGUUCAUUUUCGGUGCCAACUAAACCAACCUCGAUGUGCUCCCUUAUUAUUUGGAAUAUUUCCAAGGCUCUAGAAAAUAAUCCAAGUAUGGAUUUAACGCGUGCAGUGCGCGCGGCGCACGAACGUCUCGAGCACGAGUCACGCGACGAGAGCAGGUUGAUCUCACAGGCGCCAGAGGAGAGACAUCUCACCUGUGCGCUGCUGGCUUGGCACCAACUGGGGCACUCAGAUGUCGACGGUCUCUGCAAAUUCAUACAAGAAAAUCGCAACAAACCAGUUUGCAAUACUUCCAAGAAUUUGUCAAAUAACGAGAAUAUUGAAAAUGUCAACAAAGCUGGUGUUUCCACAAAACCAGUCAAUACAGAUCGUAAACGUUCGGAGAGUAUUAAUGACGUUGACUCAUCUGUUUUUGACACAUGCUCUCUAAUGGGACCUGUCGUGAAGUUACCAGUGGAAACAAAAAUUGUUAUGCGGUUCACACCACCGCCACCAUGUCAACAUCAUUUGAAAAAGCCUCAGAAAACUAAAGCUGACAUAAAGAACAAAAUAGAUGCUGCAUGUUGUAUGGACUCAUCUUGUAUACAACGCCUGGCGGAGUUAGAGCAGGCGGUGAAUGAGCUAAGGAACCGGGCAGCUCAGCUGGCGCGGCGAGAAGCUGAGAGAGUUGAACUGCUGGAACGUGCUGAGGCUGGCUGGAAAGACCUCGAGCUUGGCUAUCAGCGCCGAUUAUCGCUAGCCGAAGAGAAAGAGGAUGAUAUGGCCAAACAGAUUAAGAAAUCAAUAGAGGAACGGAACUCAUGUAAGAACAUCUCUACGAAUUUGGCUGAAUUAUUGAAGCAACGUGGGGCUACGGCGGAGAAGGAACGUGAACGUCUAAAGACUCUUGAAAAAGAGGUGUGCGAUCGUGCUUGUAUCCGAAUGCGGCUGGGCGAAGAGUCAGCAAAAGGAGAUGCGGCGCUCGCUGAGCAGCUAUGCCGUGCCUCGCAGUUGGAUAGAGACCUCCAAUUUAAAGAAGAACAGGCUAGUAGGAAAGUAAAGAGCCUUGAGAGCGAAUUGGAAUCUUCUCAAUGCGUGACUUAUGAAGCUGAGCGUGCCAUGCGUUUUGAGCUGUCAGCGUUAAAAGAGCAAGUGACAGAGGUAUCAAAGCAGUUGUUGGCAGAGGAGGAUCGUAAUAAUUCUAUUAAAACUGAGCUUGAACAGUAUAGACAAGAAAAAGCAAAUAUCAUAGAAGAUUUAGAUGGUUGCAAAGACAUGUGCGAUAGUCGGAUGAAAGCACGAAUGGAUGCGUUGAAUCAGAAGAGGGAUCAGUUAAAAGAGUUAAAAGACAGAGUUAUGGACUGUCAGUGCAAGCUCCCACUUGAUGUUGCGAUAGAGGUCAAACGCACACCGUCUCUGGCAGCACUGUGUCGUUGCAGCCCAGAAGAUAAGCUCGUGGAGUCCUGUUCAUGUACGUCUCUACGCAGCCAACUUCUGUCAAACCUUUUAGCCGAUCUUUUUGGAGGGCUUCAAGCAGAGCUGAGCACGUCGGGUGUAAUGAUGCCCUGCGCACUGUUAUUGUGUUUAGAUGAUCGACACAACUGGGACCGCACUUCAGCUGUCAAAACGAGCCUGCGCAGUUUCUUUGCGCAAUUACUAGUUGGCGAGCUUGACAUUGCAAUCGCAACUUCGAUUGAGAAGUAUCACGCAAAAUGGGUAGGAGAAUCUUGCGCAGAUAAAGCAAAAUUAAUACCAGAUCCUAGGGAAGAAGUGACUGAAGGUUGGGAACAGCGGGCAGUAGAACGCCGCGCGCAACAGCUAGCGACAAAGCUGGCAGAGCAAAUGUUUGAAGAAAGAGCUGAGGAGCUUAAGCAAAAAGCCAAGGACAUCGUGUCUGGUGGCCCACCACCCUGUGAAUGUAAAGGACACCAACCGGCAGUGUAUUCUUGCCUCGUCAAGACGCCCACUACCAACACUGCGCAUAAGAAUGGCGAUGCAGCUCCUUCGAAUUUGAGACGCACAAUACAAGAUGUGAAACAUCAAAUCGAGGACUUGAAAAAGGAAUCAAUUAAAAAAGAGGAUUUACGCCAAAUGGAAGAGAAAAUUGCAAAGAUAAUUCAACGUGCUGCGAAGGUCAAUUAUAGCCCUACAACAAGCAAGAAUAUUAAUUGCAUCAAACAUAAUCCAGACAUAAUAGACGGAAAAUCAAAAACAUGUGAUGAAAAUGGCAAAAAUAACGAAAUAGUAAAGAGAAAAGAGGUCAAUAUGAGUAACGUAAAAAAACAUAUUAAGAAACCUUCAAAUAACCAACUAGGACGGAUCGACAAAAAAUCUAAUAAAAUGUUCAAAAAGUUGGAACAAUCUUUUGCCGUCAAUCUUUGCCUGUGCAGUGGUCAAGACGCUCCAAACAAAUUGAAACAACCAGUUCAACGUAGUAGUAACUGUAAAUCUUUAAGACAACAACAAAUUUCAGGAGAUUCAGUUACCAAUAUCCCUAGCAUUAAACAGUCAAAGCCAAUACCAAGUAAAGAAAAAAACAACCAAACUAGUAAAUUAUUAUCAACAAAAACAGUAUGCCCAAGCGAUUGCAUUUGUUUUCAUAAAAUUCCAUCUAACACAUCGAUUGAUAAACUUUUGGAGACACUAUCAAAAUGGAAUGGCAGUUUGAAUAAAAUACUUGAAGAUACUAAUUUUUCUUGUGAUCAAACAGAAAAUGAAAACAAGUCAUUAAAUUCAGCCUUAGUAAGCUUGGAAAAUAAAAAAGGUCAUAGCGAGUCAUCAAUUCCUGUAAAUCAAACUUCUGAAAGUUAUAAGUUUAAAAAAGAAGACUAUAAUAAAGAUACAUCAUAUGGAAAAACUCUACCACCUACUACUGAAUCUGAAUAUUUAGGUGCUAUAAAUUUAGAUAAGAGUAACUACAAUAUUUGUAGAUGUCCAGUGAAUAAUAAUACGAAAAUUAUGUAUGGUGAUGGUGAAAUGUUACCUGAUAAUAAUAUGCCCUUCCAUUGUAUUAAUGCUGAUAUAUGUAAAUGUAAGGAUUCUAUUUCAAGCAAACAACUUCAAGACCCUAAAUAUUAUGAGUAUAUGUCAUCUAAAAUCAACAAUAUAUCACAGGCGUAUUCAGUAGAGUUGGAAAAUCCUAAAUUUAAAACCACUGAAAUAGAAACUAAUUCAUUAAAGAAAACUAAUAGCACAAAAAGUGUGGAAAUAAGUGAAGAUAUUUUUAUUCACGAUAUAGUCAGAAAAUCACAGUUGUUUCCAAAUAAGUGUGAUUAUUUUGUAAAGUUUUUAGGUGUUACACUUACAAAUUCAAGUUCACUAAAUAAAACAAAGCAAGGCCAUGAUAAUAACAAUAUAUUGAAAACCUCUGCCAAAGUAACAAACAAUAAGGAAAAUAUGAUACAAAAAGUAUUCUCAAACAUAAAAAUAAAUGAUAAAAAAAGUUCUAUAUUGUCUACGAGUAUAGAAAAGAGCGAAAACAAAAAAAUAGAAGGUAAUAAUUUAGAUUUUCUUACUGAAAAAAAUAACGUUCUAAAUGAAGUUAUUGAUAUGAAUAAAGAUAUCUGUGUUUGUUGUAAUAACAAAGAAACGUCGAAAGAUUUGGAGUUAAAUACCUUUAACUUGCUGGAAGAACACAUAAAAAGAAAAUUAGAAGAGUUUUUGCUUAAUUCCUCUAAAUCUUCCUUUUUGCCGCCAGAAGAAGAAAAUAAAUUGUUUAGCACGAUCUUGUUCAAAGUAAAAGAAGUAAUUUCAGAAAGUACUAAAGGUUUGAGUUGCGAAUGCUGUGAAGCAAGCGCUAAUGAGGGGAGCUGGUCAAGAGCUUAUGGCAUGUUACAAGAAUAUUUGAAAGUAAAAAUUAAACGCGUUCAAUGUUCUUGUGUAUCAAGUGACGGAAAUGUAGAAUCUAUUUUAGCACCAAUUCUGGAAAAAGUAUGUGAUUUAAUAGAAAAUGACUUUCAGCGACUAAAGGAAAAAUUUAAAUGUAGCAGCGAUGGUAACAAAAACACAGACAAGUUGAAUAGAAUACCAAUAACCAACGUUUGUAAUGCUGAAACAUUCACGAGAACCGAAAAUGACGAUGAUCAUUUUACCAAAAAUUCUCAGAAUGUUUUAUGUCAAAGUGCUUCAUGUAUUCUUUUUGAUAAAUCAGCCGAGGUACUCGAAAGCAUUAGCACAUCUGAGAAAAAAAAAUCUUGUGAAUUCAAAAUAUAUGGUACCGAUUGUAAUUGUCAACAUACAUUUUCGGAGUUAACUAAUUUGAACGUUAUUGUAAACCAGGGCAUUGAUUUGGCAUCUUUGAAUAACAAUAGUGUAAAAGUUACCUUAAACACAUCUGAAGAAAAACAUCCAAUAGAAAGUUCAUUAUUAGUUAAAAAAAAUACACUUUUAAAGAAUAAAGAAUGUAUACGCCUCGUUGAUUCUACUAAAGCUACACCAGAAUUGAAAGCAAAAAUCCCAUACAUUGGUUACACAUUUAGUACUAAAUCAUUGGUGCAAAAUGACACGGAUAAAAUUGAUUAUAUAUGGAAAUCACUUGGUGAUGAAACACGUCCUAGAAAAUAUUCUUACAUUAUGAAUAGAGUGGUUACUAAAGAAAAAUCUGAAAAUAAUAAAAACACUAUUUAUAAUAUGACUAAAUUAUCUUCAAGUAAUAUACAGACCGACGUCUAUAGAAAAAAAUUCAAUGACACUGUUGUUAAUACUUCUGAUAGCGAUGAAAAUUUAGUGUUAAAGUAUUCUAAUGAUAAUUUUAACGAUACAAAGGAUACCAUUAGAGCCUUUGAUGAAACAAGUGCUGGUACGAGGAAUACUAAUGUUGACUCAUCAUCUUGUACUCACGAAUGUGGACUACAAAAAAUUGACAAUUACGAUAUAGAUAAAUAUAACACAAAAUUUCUUUACGAUUCUUUACAUUUGCCUACCACUACCAGUUAUUCAACUAAACCAAUUCAAAGUAUUAAGACAGAUACCGAUAGUAAUAGUUCCGAACUGGAAAAGGAUAAAUGCGAUUGUAAAAUGGUACCUGUUUGUCACGUGAAAAUGUUAGUAAAUAAUAUCGAAAAAAAAUUGAUUGAGUCAAAGUGUACAUGUGAUUCGUUAAAUUCACAAGUUUGCCCAGUUCAUUCGAUAAACAUGGAAGAAAUUGGAAGAUACAAAACGGACGAUAGUGAUAAAAGUAAAAAAAGAAAUAAGCCUAACGUUAUAUCAAAACUUUUUAUAUGCUGGGUGUGUCCAGUGCUUUUCAAAGGUAACAAGAGAGACGUUGAAGAAGAUGAUCUUAUUGUGCCAAAUAAACCAUAUGACUCCGAUAGACUCGGUGAGAAAAUUCAAAGGUACUGGUUAGAUGAAUACCAGAGAGCUAUUAAGGAGAGUCGGAAGCCAUCUUUGGGAAAGGCAUUAAUGAGAGCUUUUUGGUUAGCAUACAUGCCUGGAGCAAUUUUACUUCUGAUAAACGCUACUGCAAGGACUGUUCAACCGUUACUUUUCUCCGAGCUCUUGUCAUACUGGUCUGCCAAUCCUGAGCAGAUGAUAACCCGCAGAGAAGCUGGAUUUUAUGCUAUCGGCAUGUUAGUACUCAACAUGAUUAGUGCCUUCUCACAACAUCAUAACUCCUUAUUUGUGAAUCGGUUUAGUUUGAAAAUGAAGAUAGCGUGCUCUUCUCUCAUAUAUAGAAAGGUACUUCGUAUGAGUCAAUUAUCUAUCAAUGAAGUUGCAGCUGGAAAACUGGUGAAUCUAUUGUCAAACGAUGUAGCUCGUUUCGACAUGGCGUUUAUGUUUUUGCACUACUUAUGGCUAGUGCCGCUGCAGCUAGCUGUUGUGAUGUACUUCCUGUAUGUCGCCGCAGGGUAUGCCCCAUUUGUCGGUCUGUUUGGAGUUAUUCUGUUUAUCCUUCCUAUACAAGCUGUUCUUACAAAAUUUACUGGUGUAAUAAGACGGGUAGUCGCGCAAAGAACAGACAAACGUAUCAAGUUGAUGGGUGAAAUUAUAAAAGGGAUUCAGGUGAUUAAAAUGUACGCUUGGGAGAAGUCUUUCGAGCAGGUAGUGAAAGUCGUCAGAGCUUUCGAGCUGGCGGCGCUGAGGAAAUCUAUAUUCGUGCGAAGCGUGUUUCUGGGUUUCAUGAUGUACGCCGAGAGGAGCACAUUGUUCAUCACAUCGUUGACAAUUAUUCUGUCAGGGACAUUGCUGAGAGCUGAUCUGAUUUAUCCAGUCAAGGUAUUUCUUGGAAUAGUGCAGAUCAAUUUGACGUUUAUUUUACCACUAGCUAUAGCAAGUUUGUCUGAAUUGAACGUAUCUUUAGGCCGUAUUCAGAACGUUCUUAUAAUGGAUGAAAGAGAAGAUUUAUCAUUACUAACGAAUGGUAAUGAACCACAAAUUCCUAUAACAUUCAACGGCAAACCAUCAACAAUUGGAACUAAUUCAAUAGUAGUGAGGAAAUAUUCUACUACGGAGAAGUUGUCUAGACCCUCGAUUGUUGGUCCGCGAUCACCCACAGUAGGCGAAUACACUGUGGAGCUAUCCAAUGUUAACGCUACUUGGACUAAAUCGGAUGAAAUGACACUUAAAAAUAUUACUGUGAACAUACGGAAAGGCAAAUUGUGUGCUAUUGUCGGGUCUGUUGGCUCCGGAAAAUCUUCCUUUCUGCAAGUACUUCUGCGCGAACUGCCAAUAAGUAGCGGGCAUUUGAACGUGAAAGGGAGUAUGUCAUAUGCUUGCCAAGACUCAUGGCUGUUCCCGGCGACUGUGCGCGAAAACAUACUUUUUGGACUACCAUAUGAAGUAGAAAGAUACAAAGAGGUGUGUCGAGCGUGUUCUUUGGCGCCAGAUUUCAAGCAGUUCCCGUAUGGCGACCUGUCGUUAGUGGGAGAGCGCGGCGUAUCAUUGUCUGGGGGACAAAGAGCCAGAAUUAACUUAGCUAGAGCUGUCUAUAGAGAGGCUGACAUAUAUUUAUUAGAUGACCCAUUAUCAGCAGUGGAUGCGAAUGUCGGUCGCCAGUUAUUUGAAAGAUGUAUACAGAAGUAUUUAAGCGGACGGACGCGAAUUCUUGUCACGCACCAAGUACAUUUUCUCAAGUCUGCGGAUUUCAUUGUUGUUUUGAAAGAGGGUUCAAUAAAAAACAUGGGCUCUUAUGAAGACUUGGUAAAAUCGGAAGCGGAGUUCUCGUCAUUAGUAUCAGAAGUCAAAGAAAGUACUGAAGAAGGAAAAACUGAAAAGGAUAACAACAGACCAAAAUUAGAACAUACCAUAUCAAAAGUAUCGGUCAGGAGUAACGAGAACCCGAAGGAAGAAAAGGAACAGAUUAUGGCCGCAGAGGAAAGGGCUAAAGGGAAUUUAAAGUGGGAGGUCAUACGGCAUUAUUUGGCGUCCGUUAAUUCCUGGCUUGUUGUUUUUUUGGCUGUUUUUGCGGUAUUGGUUACACAGUUCGGAGCAACCUUUUCUGACUACUGGCUGAGUUAUUGGACGAACCAAGUUGACGACUACGAAUUAUCACUACCACCCGGUGUAACUCCCGAUACAAGUCUAGGCACACAAAUGGGACCCCUAACCACAGGACAAUACCUUUGGAUCUAUGGUGGCGCGGUACUGUUCAUAAUAAUCAUGACCAACGUACGAAUUGCUGGUUUCGUUAUGAUGACCAUGCGUGCCUCACAAAACCUUCACGACGUUAUGUUUAAGAAUUUGAUUGCAGCCGUUAUGAGGUUUUUCGAUACUAAUCCUUCUGGUCGAGUACUUAACAGAUUUUCCAAGGACAUGGGUGCUAUGGAUGAAAUGUUACCACGUAGUAUAUUAGAGUCAAUACAAAUGUACUUAUUCGUGGCGAGUGUACUUGUAUUGAAUGCUCUCGCGUUGCCUUAUACAUUGAUACCAACUGCAAUAUUGUUAGUUAUCUUUGUUUUUCUUCUUAAAUGGUAUCUAAACGCGGCGCAGGCUGUGAAGAGAUUGGAAAGUACUACCAAGAGUCCUGUAUUUAGUAUGAUAAAUUCAACAAUAGCCGGAUUGUCCACAGUACGAAGCUCUAACUCGCAAUUUAGGUUACUUAGGAUGUUUGAUGAUGCUCAGGAUAUCAAUACGAGUGCUUUUUAUACAUUUCUAGGAGGUUCUUCUUGUUUUGGUUUAUAUAUGGAUUUAUUAUGUCUCAUAUACCUUGGAAUUAUAUUGGCCAUUUUCCUUUUGAUUGAUUUUGAGGAUGCAGUCGCGGUGGGCAGCGUGGGGCUGGCCGUCAGCCAGUCCAUGGCGCUCACCAUGAUGCUGCAGAUGGCAGCGCGAGUCACUGCAGAGCUACUUGCUCAAAUGACUUCUGUAGAGAGGGUGCUCGAGUACUCAUUGCUUCCCGCUGAAGAAAAUAUGGAAACUGCAAAGAUUCUUCCACCUGAAAACUGGCCUUCCGAUGGACAAGUGCAAUUCGAAAACGUUAGUCUCAGGUACGCCGAAGAAGAUCCUCCGGUUCUCAAAAAUUUGACCUUCACCAUAAAAAGUGGAUGGAAGGUGGGCAUCGUAGGAAGGACGGGAGCAGGUAAAUCUUCACUGAUUUCGGCUCUCUUCAGGCUGUCCAGUAUCCAAGGGAGCAUUAAGAUUGAUGGUGUCGACACUAACGAUAUACCUAAGAAGGAAUUAAGAUCCAAGAUAUCCAUCAUUCCUCAAGAACCCGUACUCUUUUCCGCGACGUUGCGUUACAACUUGGAUCCAUUCUUCCUCUAUAGUGAUGAUGAAAUUUGGAGGGCUCUUGAACAAGUAGAGCUGAAAGAUGCAGUGACUUCACUCGAUUUCAACGUGUCAGAAGGUGGAACCAACUUCUCCGUAGGACAACGUCAGCUGGUGUGCCUCGCGCGUGCAGUACUUCGCUCUAAUAAAAUUCUUGUAAUGGAUGAAGCGACUGCUAACGUAGACCCGCAAACUGAUGCUUUAAUCCAAACAACGAUUCGUCGCCAGUUUGCAUCGUGUACAGUUUUAACCAUCGCGCACCGUCUCAACACUAUCAUGGACUCGGAUCGUAUUCUUGUCAUGGAUAACGGAGAGGUAGCAGAGUUCGACCACCCGCACAUAUUGCUAUCAAAUCCCAAAAGUUUACUCAACUUUAUGGUUAGAGAAACGGGGACCAGUAUGAGCGGUCUCUUGUUUGAGACUGCGAAAAACAAGUACUUUAGUGAAAAUGAAGAAAUCUCGAAAGACAAAUAAAUAAAUUUUAUUUUAUAAGUAGUAUCAACAGCUUGAGAAGACGUUGCUUGCACUUCAUAUUAUUGUUAUUAACUUGAAUACUCAUAAUAAUUUUUUUGAAGGUUAAAUUGAAGUUAAUGGAAUUUCACAAACGACGGCUUGUUUAUCGUUAAAUAUAUUAUUAUCUUUGUUGUUUGUGCUUUUAAUAUUAAUUAAUUAUAUUUGACUAUGAAGGGAAUGUGAAGGUGUAGUGUAACUUGUAAUACCUACUCUGUGAAUGUCCCGCCCACAAAUCCACGGGCAAGUGACUGAGACUUUACUUUGUGGUGAUUACAUGAAUUUCGUCGAAGAUUUGUAUCGAAGGCACGGAGGUUGUUUUUGUUAUUAAAUGAAAUUGGAAAGUA